CAUCAUCUUUUUUUUUCCCCGAGCAGAGAGUCGAGCAUGAUGGGCCACCAGCAGCUGUGCUGGAGUCACCCCAGAAAGUUCGGCCAGGCAUUCCGACCCUGCUGUGUGUGCGCAAACAGACAUGGACUUAUCCGCAAAUACGGACUGAACAUGUGCUACCCGUGCUUCAGGCAAUAUACAAAGGACAUUGGCUUUACAAAACUGGCCUAAAUGGAUACUUAUUUGGACAAGUCCUGUGGCCAUAAAUCCAUAC